UGAAACAUGCAAUGGAGGACAGCCAUUGGCUCAGGCUCGGUACUCUCGGGCAGUUCCGUUGAUAUUGGUUCCACUGUCAGUUCCGCCAUUCUGUCAAAAACAAAUCCAGCGACUGAGAGCGUCAUUAUAUGAAGACAGCCACAGGAUUCAAUGUUGGAAUUGUUUAGGAACUGUCACAGCAGAUUGUGAGUUUCAGUGACAUUUCUAGUCCUGCUGCGUGCAUGAGUUAAGGUGAUGUUGGCUGAGUUGGGAGAAAGUUCUACCCCCAGUGUUCACUUCGAAGGUGGUGCAGAGGAAAGGGACAAAUCUGCACUUGUCUCCCUUCUGGAGCAGCUUACAACUUCCACCGCCUUGUAUCCUGUAUUUCUCGAGACCUCCAAACUUCUGGUUGUUGUGAGCAUCCAGCGAUACCUGCGAGGCCCUGGGAAUGAGGAGAGAUCCCGAUCAGCUUCCAGUUACCUUUUCGACGUGACAGUGACUGAUGGGAUUACUCACGUGAAGUGCCACUUAGCUCCUGCCCUGAAUUCCCUGGUUCACUGGAACUGCCUGAGAGCGGGCCGUGGAAUCCACAUCACCCGCUGCAGCCUGGUGCAUGAUGAGAAAAGGCUGAACCGGUGCUUCCUGCAGAUUGAGGCGCUGGAGCUGGCAGCUGCAUAUUGCGAUCCCAGUUUGAGUAUCCUCUCCCUGAGCAUCGAGCCCCUCCGCAGCCUGACGGCGUCCCAGAGGGGAAGGGAUCUUCUGAGGACUUUGCAGACAGAAGCCCCCUUGAGAGUGGGACGGCAUCAUUAUUUACCCUUGUGGAAUAACAAUGACCCAUGUGGCAGAGAAUGGAUUGGCUCCAAGACUCCACCAUUUCUAAAUGUCCCACUUGAAGGCUUCGGACUCAUUUCCCUCCAAGACCUGUCAAUGACCUGGAGAACGAAUGUUGGAUUUCCACGAAUUCUGGUGCGAAUAAUGCACAAGUCCAGGCUACGCUAUUAUGGACGACCCCAAAUGGACUUUCCAUAUCAGGCCUACUUUGAAGUAGCUGAUCAGUCGGGUAUGAUGCCGCUGGUUUUGUGGAACUCUUUGUGCCCUGAAUGGUACCAGUCCCUGCACGUUGGCACAGUUCUCCUGCUGCACCGGUACUCAGUUAAAGACAGUUACCAGAUGAGAACCUGGGCCACUCCACGUGACCCACAGAUAAAGAGUCUUAGAACCAUAGAGAUCUGCCUGAAUCCGCGAGACCCUCGUGCUGAAAUCCAGAUCGUGCCACAUCAGCAAGUCAAAGCAGAGUGGAGGUUACCUGACAUUAAAUACAAUUUUAUCACGAGGCUGGAGCUGGAUCAGUUGUCUGAGGGUUUCACAUGCGAUAUUAUUGGACUUGUCACCUUUGUGGGGAGAUGUCAGCGAAUAAGAAAGGAAGACAGCAGUGAGGAUUUCUACUUGUACCGCUGGGUGCAUGCUGUAGAUGGUAGCACUGAGCAACCUUUUGUCCUGGAACUGUUUGCAACUUCACAGCCAGAAACCUUUCAACAGAUUCAUCCGAUGACUUACUUGGUGUGCACCCAGAUGAGGUUGGUUCGAGAAUUACGACCUGGUGGAGUGAUUACCACUGUUCCCUAUCUCACCACCUCCAAUGAAAGUCAGAUCUCUAUCUCAGGGCAUCACAAAGGCCAGCCAUACACAAAGGAUCCCAAAGUCCAGGGCUUCAUCCGGUGGGUAAAAGGGCAGCACGAGAAGGAUGUGAUGAAGAGUUCUGUAAUUGGCGGUUACUAUUCCUUCCCUCCAGCCCCAAAGUUAUUUCAGGAAUACUGUAAAAAUUUGGAUGCUGAGGCUCUCUUGACCUCCACCAGUGAACUGAAGAAGGAGAUUGAAAGUCUGCACUAUAAAGAGCACAAGAGGCUUAUCCUUCAGGGAACCAUCGUUGCUGUUCAAUACAUCUGUCACACAGAUCCGGCUGUGAGACUGGGAGCAGUGCCCAUUCAGGAGGUUGAUGCUUUCGGGGCCUCGUCUUCACAACCAGUCAGAUGUCUGCAUGGCCCAGAGAAAGACACAAGAGUCAUCCAGCAAACAGAGCAGCUUCGUGUAAAUCCAGUGAGGCAUCAUCAGAGACAGUCAACGCCAAUAUUUACCCGCUACUGGUUGAGAAAUAGGUAUCCACUUCGAGACUUGCAGAAGAGUUAUGAUAGCAAAUGCCAAGCUCACAAACCACUCAGGAAGAAGUUGUCAAAUCCACCAACAGGCAUGCCAAAGCAGAAGAGGAAGGUGAACCGACAGGGGGCCAUGUCAUCAAAGAGGCCAGCAGCUGCACAAGAUGCUGAGGUCGCAGCCAGCACCAAAGGAUCCUCCCAAGCUGCGGAACAGCCUGUGCCACCCGACGAAGAUGAUUAUGGAAGGUGUGAUACGGGGGUUACAACUGAUGGCAACUCAAAAUAUACGUGGAGAAGCCCUACCUGGUCAGAGAUCAGAGAACACCUGUCAGAGCACUUGCAUUUUGGCCAGCUUCUUCCCGAGAGCCUUCCACGGAGGUUUGUCUACAAACACCGGGACUUCCUGAUGCAGCAGCAUAACCUUCAGGCCGCAGAGUGCAGUCCCGCUACAGCCAUCUCCAAUAUGGAGCUACAGAGCUUCGCGUCUGCCUGUUGCCAUGGCUACUAUACCGUGACGAUGGUUGGUGUCAACCACCAAGUAGCAGUUGAUGUUGUGUUUCUCCCAGUUGUGAUGAGUCAUAACAGCCAUCGCAUGUUGGGUCUAUCGAUGGAUGUUCAUGAUAACACUGCAGCCUCAGUGAUGACCAGUGGUUACAUUUGUGAUAAACAGACUGCAGAUAAUGACCGGCUGAAACAGAUAUCUUCCUAUCCAGAUCAGAUAAUAAAGACAGCAGCUGACCUGGACAAUACACGUGUGAUCUGUAUCCUUGAUGUGUGCCAUCACGGUGAGGGCAAGUCUGAAGUGAUUCUACACAAAAUGUAUAGAAUGACUGAAUAAAAUCAUCUAAGACCAUUUUGAGGACUUCAUUUCAACAACAUGCAUUCCCUUUCCUGCAUUCCGGAAACUGUAUUUACCUUUCCCGCAACUGCCUUAGAAUGAUAACCUCAAGUUGAAGACUUCAUAGUAUUUUAUCAUAAAUAUUUUCUGUAGCAGUUUAUUUAAAUUAAACUUUCACCAAUGGGUGUGUACAUAUUCAAAUAAAUCUAUGGAUUAAAUCUGGUCUAGAGUGAACAAUGGCAUCAAUGAAUCAAAUUGCUUCAUAGUUCAUGAGGCUAGCUUUUUUACUACAAACCCAAGGAUUUUAAAUUUGCUGUUGCUCUGGUGGGAUACCCUGGAUGAUCAGUCCAUUCUGUCUUCUGGAUUUCUAGUCCAGUGACAUUAACACUGUGUUACACUAUUCUCUCAAUGUUGGUCAUGUAGGAGAUACAUGCACAUUAGCAGGCUGGCACUCAUCAUGUGAUUUUGCUCACCGGUUCAAGACAGCUCACUAUCACCUUCUCAAGAGCAAUUUGGGAUUGCCAUUAAAUGCCAUGAACAAAGUCUGUCCAAAGACAAUGCUCAAUGGGACAAUGCCACCAAUGCGUGCUUAAGUCCUCAUGUGGUUCUGUGUCAUUCACAUAUGAUGUGGGUCUAAAUUCAACCCCUUGACAGAACACCAGCUCUCUGCAGUGACCCCAAGUAGGGGACAUCAUUGGACAACAAGGCUGGGUGGACUUUGGUGCUUGUGUGAAGCAACAGCUUUUGACGCUCAAUGUCUAAACUUACAAAUGAAGACAAACAACUCCUGUGGCACAGUGCUAGUGUCCUUGAAAGGCCUAGGUUCAAGUCUUACCUGUCCAAGACAUAUCAUGAUCCACCUGAGCAGGUUCAUUAACAAUAGCCACAAAUGAAGGUUAUCCUUGGAUGAAGUGAAACAUGUAAAUCCCCUCAGAACAGGAAGAGGAGGAUCAGUGGAAGAUGGAGGUUGAUGAUAUAAAAUGCCCAAGUCAUGGACCAUAAUCAUUGGAUAUUUACAAAUACUCCG